AUGCUUUCCAGGCUACUUGCGGUGGAGGAGCUGGUUAGCUUGAGUUAUAACGUGGAGCCUGGCGAAGAGCGCGUGAACAUUCUCAACGAAUGGAAGGUCCAGAUGCUUCGGGAUUGGUUCUACGUGACGCACUCGGAGGCCAUAGCAGAUGGACCUGAAUUCAUGUGUGCUGAUCCAGUCAGUACAAUCAAACCUCAGGCAUUACAAGAGUUAAGCAAGCCCAGCCAAUUUUUCAAAACUCAGUACCAGGAAGGGACGAUCUUACCGGAACGAUGGCACGAGGGGCAUGAGCCUCGUCCAUUCUUCUGGAGCAAUAAACAAUGGGAUUGGUUCUGUGAAGGGAAUGACUAUUGGAGAACACCAAUCGACCUCUUGCGUUACGUUCUUGUCACAGAGCCAGCGUACCUUGAAGUCGACCAGUUUUUGGGUGACUUGCGAAGCCUCAGCAGAAUAAUCUUUCAGAACCCUGAUUUGGAGGGUAUUGAGGCCGCCGCAAGACAUCUCUGGCUCAGAAAAAUGAUCUGGAGGGAGUUUGUAGAAAAAUUGAGGGUAUAUUUGGGUCUGACUGAGGCACAGACGGUGACUUCGGAAAAAAAGGACGAUCAAAACCCUUUCAACACCUUGGAGUUUUUGUUGAUUUUCGAGGGAUAUAUGCACCGGGAGAAGACAAACUCGGAGGGUCAGCGAGCUGAAGACAGUAUCUUGUGGCAAAGCCUGAAUCAAAUCAGCACACAAGAGCAUCGGCCGGUAUGGGAAUGGGUCUGGGGGAUUGGUGGUGAGAAUUCAGACACAAGCAAGGUGGAAAUGCAUACCACAGAGCAUGAUAAUGGCGAUGGUAAUGCUACUGGUGCUGACCGAUCGUACAAUAAUGCAGCACAAUCUUCUAACUCCACGGACUCAACAUGCUCACCUGUGCACCUCCAUCCUCCCAUCACAAACCGUGUUCCCUAUCCAAAUGCCCUUGCACAGCACCCCCUCCUCCGUUCGCACUCACGAGUCAACACUAGGGAGAUGUUAGCCGCCGGUGCUACCGAUUCUCUCUCGCAUCCAUUUUGUGUUAUCGAGGUAUCUUGA